AUGCGACGUUCACGGCGUUCACGAGCUGGGGGCAAGGGGACUGAUAUUCAUGACAAAACAUCUCAUGUCCUUCGAAAAAAGAAUAUUCAUGUGGAUGGACGAGUUCUGGUAAGUAUUGAUGGACACGUAUUUCGGGUGUGGGAGGAAUGUGGGCAUGGUUUGGUUUUCGUUUUCUCUAUGCUCUACGAUCCUGUUUUUCCUCGCACAAAGAAGCACGUCACCUAA